UAUUUAUUCCUUUAGCUGGAGUCAAACAGCAUACAUAUUACUAGUAGACAUAGCACAAACAGAACUUCUAAUAAAAAUGGAAAUUUUCGGUCAGAAAGUUGCAAAAGUUGGAAGAAAAAUGAAACGUAACUCGAAACACCCGCACACACAGCAACACGUGCACGAGCGCGAUCACGAUCACGAGCACACAUAUAGCAGCAGCAACACUAGCAACACGAUGGCGGCACUAGAGGAUGACUCCCAGACCCUGCUGCGCCAGGAGGGCGUCGAGGCUGACGUCGAGAACGCUCGCAAGGCUGUGGAGCGUAAGCUGAUAUACCUGUCGGAGGCCAACCACAUGGCAGCACCUUCGCGGGCGGUUCGUCGCCAGGCCCUGGAGGCCCACAGUGGCAGCGUCCUUGGCAAAGGACGCGGCGACGGCAAGCACACCAAGAAGCCUCGCUCGCAGGAGGCUGCAGCCGGCGAAAAGUACCGUAGCCACGGCGGUCACAACGCACUUGAUUCGCCGCGCCGCAACGGGCUGUCGCUGAGCGAUGACCCGGAGGAGAACGAUAUGGAGUCACUGUCGCGCCGAUUGCAGGAUGUGGUGCUGGAGGCCGAAGAGCAAGAGCGCCGCCUGAGCGGCGUCUAUGGGCGCCAACAGAUGAGCACCAAGCCCAUUGUCGCCUUCACGUGUGGCGUGUGCGGGGCCAAGUUCCAGAUCAAGUCGCUGCUCGGCGCCCAUCGUCGCACCCACGACGAGGACUUUUCCGUGCGCUUCCGCACCCACCGCCCACCUACCAGCACCACGACCCUCACCAGUGGACACCUGUGCAAGUACUGUGACCGCAAGUUUGAUCUGGAGCGCACACUCCACAUCCAUCAGCUGUGCCACUGCAAGAAGAUACCGCCCCAGCUGCGCCGCAAGCUGCCCUACACCGAGCUGUUGCACGAGAAGAAGGCGCCGCUGCACGAACAGCGUUGGUAGAUCGUCCAAUUUAGGGUGUGCCAUGCGUCGGCUUGCUCUUUCUUGGCCAGCCAACAUUCCUUUAGUUCUUCCUGUUUUUAAAUUCAGCCACACAGCCGUACGCAUAAACCCAGAAGCAAAUCUCACUUUGAAUAUUUCAUGAGUGAAGUUUCCAUUUCAUUGUUUCCAUAAAAUUUCCCCUCUCUCUCUCACUCUCUUUGCAAACAGAAGAGAGAGAGAGAGAGCGCAUCUUGAAAUUGUU